GUCAUCUGCUAAACCCUCGUAUUUUGGACUCUUGUGGAAAAAUCAUCUUGGGGUACAAUUUAUUGCUAUUUCUUGCAUCAAUCUAAAGUUUGCCUUGUUAACCAAGAUCAACAAAUUAAUUUAGCGUCACAGCGUGGAAUAAAGGUUGAGCCAGUCGCGCACCUGGUACAGUAAUCGCUUAAAAAUGGCUUUCAACUUCACAGCCUUCACCUACAUCGUCGCUUUGAUAGGCGAUGCGUUUUUAAUAUUUUUUGCAAUAUUUCAUGUGAUCGCUUUUGAUGAGCUAAAAACGGACUAUAAGAAUCCAAUCGAUCAAUGUAACAGCCUGAAUCCUUUGGUGUUGCCGGAAUAUUUGCUCCAUAUUUUCCUCAAUCUAUUGUUCCUACUGUGUGGCGAAUGGUUCUCGUUGUGUAUUAAUAUACCUUUAAUCGCAUACCACAUGUGGCGCUACAAGAAUCGCCCCGUCAUGACAGGCGCAGGACUAUACGAUCCAACAACGGUACUGAGUACAGGUAACUUAACUAAGAACAUGCGUGAAGGCUGGAUCAAAUUGGCUAUCUACCUAAUAUCUUUCUUCUACUAUAUUUAUGGCAUGGUUUAUGCGUUGAUUUCUACGUAGAGGUAAAGCACAUUCUAAUGAUCUCGAAAUCAAAAAGCUAAAAUUAACAACAGCAACCAAUACAGCUCUUACUACAAGCCAUAUGAACAAACCAAGUAAUUAUGAGCUUGGUUUUUUGUAGUUAAACAUGCGUUGCACGAAAAUGAAAGUCUUUAUAAUAUCAAAAAGAAAAUGUACAUACAUACAUUUAACAAAGCUCUACCCAAAUUGAGAUUUUUCAAACAUAACUAAAACAAAAUGGAAUAUAAAUCUAUUUAGUGAUCAUCUUAAAUAAUUGCAUUGAUCACUAGCAGUUUUGUACAUUAAACAUGUGUAGAUUUAUCAACAUGAUUAAAAACUUAUCACAUUUUAAUAUACAAACUAACUUUUUACUAUCUAAUCGCGUGUAAUAUAGAUAAAAGUAUUAUGCGUACCAGCUGGGAAUGAUAAAAUGAACGUUUUAAUAUUCUCUGGUUUCUUUAGCCAUAUAGCGGAUUUUUAAAUAUAUGUAUGUAUUUUAAUACAUGCUUAGAUUUAGCUUCUUUUAAUUCAUAUGCCGAUAUCGUUACUUAGUAUGAGGUCAUAAAAAACAGUCUAGCCUUUUUACAUUUUUGAAAAGAUUUUACUCAGAAUGCUCUUAGUUUGCUUAUAUAAAGCAUCUGCCUAGUUUUCACAUGUUCAAAUGUUAACAAACAUAACUGUAAUGGAUUCACUAAAUUUGACGCAAUUAGUAUUCUUUGAUUGCACAGACCUAUAAAUUGAAUCCGGCAUCAGAUCACAUGCAAUAAACGGGUUUGCGCUACAUACAUAUAUUCGCUGUAACAUUUCA